AACUGUCCUGAGAAAAGCAGCAAACCCCGAGUGCCUGCUGCUGGCAUUGCUCACGAGAAGCACUGAGAUGGAUGCAGAGCUGGGGUCGUGCCACGGGGCCUGUUGCGGCACCAUGCCCUGCUGCCACCUCUCCAAGGCCCCAGAGCCACCCAUUGGUGACUGCGGCUGAUCUUUGCAAACCUGGGGCCUUUGCCCUGCCCGACCACGGCCGCUUUCUAUUCUUGCUUUCCUGUUGGGGCCGCAGUUCAAGGUCUGGAGAGGCGUAUGUGGUAAGGGAGUCGGGGAGAAAGUUCUCCCUCCCUAAUGCACCUCCCUUGCUACCGCCCUGCCACCCACCUGCGAGCUGGUGACAGUGUGCUGGGGAAGCUGGUGGAAGGGGAGGGACCGGAGGAGGAGAGAGGGGAGUCUGUGCCUUAACUCUUGCUGUAUCUCUUUGGCUCCUGGUGGAUUCACUGCCUGGACUCCGGUGGGACGGGACGGGACGGGCUUGCCUGGCGGAGCUCACCGGGUGCAGAGCCAUGACAAGAGCUGCAGCUAAGGAGGCAGGGCCCAAUGGGGCCGUUGCAGCUCCCGAAGAGAUAAAAAAGGAGCAAAUGGAAGAGCGAGGCCAGUGGAGCAGCAAAAUGGAGUUUGUGCUGUCUGUGGCCGGGGAGAUCAUUGGUCUGGGCAACGUGUGGAGGUUCCCCUACCUCUGCUACAAGAAUGGCGGUGGGGCCUUCCUCAUCCCCUACCUCAUCUUCCUCUUCACCUGUGGGAUCCCCUUGUUCCUCCUGGAGACGGCGCUGGGGCAGUACACCAGCCAGGGAGGGGUCACUGCCUGGAGGAAGAUUUGUCCCAUCUUCGAAGGACUUGGAUAUUCCGCACAAGUCAUUGAGUCCUAUCUGAACAUCUACUACAUCAUCAUCCUGUCCUGGGCACUCUUCUACUUGUUCAGCUCCUUCACCGCAGUGCUGCCAUGGGCCAGCUGCAGUAACCCCUGGAACUCAGAUCUCUGUGUGGACUUUCUGAAUAAAUCCAGCUUGGACAACAGGACCAUGCCUGCGAACGCCACCUCCCCAGUGGUUGAGUUUUGGGAGAAGCGAGUCCUGGGGCUCACGGAUGGUAUUCACAAACUGGGCACUGUGCGCUGGGAGCUGGCUCUGUGUCUCCUGCUGGCGUGGAUCAUCUGCUACUUCUGCAUCUGGAAAGGGGUCAAGUCCACAGGCAAAGUUGUGUACUUCACCGCCACCUUCCCGUAUGUGAUGCUCAUCAUCCUGCUGGUGCGAGGAGUCACGCUGCCAGGCGCCGCCGAGGGGAUCAUCUUUUACCUGAAGCCAGACAUCUCCAGGCUGGCAGACCCGCAGGUCUGGAUGGAUGCAGGCACUCAGAUCCUCUUCUCCUAUGCCAUUUGCCAGGGGUGCCUCACAGCUCUGGGCAGCUACAACAAAUAUACCAACAACUGCUACAGGGACUGCUUCAUGCUCUGCUUCCUGAACAGUGCCACCAGCUUCAUGGCUGGCUUUGCCAUUUUCUCCGUGCUGGGCUUCAUGGCUCGAGAGCAGGGCGUACCCAUUGCAGAAGUGGCUGAAUCAGGUCCUGGGCUGGCUUUCAUAGCGUACCCCACAGCAGUAACGAUGAUGCCCAUGUCUCAGCUCUGGUCCUGCCUCUUCUUCCUCAUGUUGAUCUUCUUGGGACUGGACAGCCAGUUCGUCUGUGUGGAAAGCAUGGUGACAGCUCUUAUUGACAUGUUCCCGGGCAUGUUUCGGAAGAAGGGGCGCCGGGAGCUGCUGAUCCUGGCCAUCGCAGUCAUUUGCUACCUGCUGGGCCUACUGCUGGUCACUGAGGGAGGGAUGUACAUCUUCCAGCUCUUUGAUUACUACGCUGCCAGUGGCACGUGCCUGCUCUUUGUGGCCGUUUUUGAAGUCAUCUGUGUAGGAUGGGUUUACGGAGCCAACCGCUUCUAUGACAACAUUGAGGACAUGAUUGGUUUCCGGCCGUGGCCCUUGAUCAAGAUAUGCUGGCUGGUGAUCACCCCGGGCCUGUGCUUGGCUGUCUUCCUGUUCUCCCUGAUCAAGUACACACCCUUGAAGUACAACAACACCUACGUGUACCCAACGUGGGGCUAUGUGCUGGGCUGGAUGAUGGCACUCUCCUCCAUGGUCUGCAUUCCUCUCUAUGCCAUCUUCAUCCUCCUGAGAACGAAGGGACCUCUGAAGCAGCGGCUCGUGCAGCUGAUUUCCCCAGCAGAGGACCUGCCACAGGUGAAGAAGCAUGCAGCGUGUCUGUCCGAACCGGAGAGCAAGGAGCAGUCCCCUCCAGUCCAGGAGUUGCUCAGCAUCACAGAGAGAGAAACGCACUUCUGAAGCACUGGGGAUGUCGUCUUUGUGCUCCGGACUGAUUUGCUCUCUCCUUUCUGAAGUGGUUUCUUUUCUCUCCUGGGCUCUGCCCUUCUCUCCUUCAUGUCUGAGGCACCGGGGACAUCUCUCCUUCCAGCUUUAGGACACCCCACGGACUGGCAGCUGGACAGGGAACUGGCAGCUGGACAGGGAGCAACACGCUUUUGUCAGAGGUGUCCUCCAGUACUGACACUGGCUUGGGGGGUGGGGGGGGGAAGAAAUGUAAAAAAAACAAUAUAUUAAUGGAAAAAAAAAGAAAAAGAAAAAAGAGAAAAAAAAGCAGUGGUGUUGGGAGGAGGAAAGGAAACCACAGUGGUGAGAGAGAGCAAAGUUAGGGAUGCAAAGGCACAAAACGAUGGGGCGUUAGCACAGGAAAUAAGUGAGUGGGCUCAGAAGUACAUAAGAAGCGUGAGGAUGACAAAGGAAAGUGUAUUGCUAGGUCACCUACAUAUGAGGGAGAGGGAGCCAGUAAUGUAUCACAGGCAAUGAUGAAAGGAGGCUGCAGUGUGAGCAGUUACAGCUUCGGCUCUUGCUGAAAGGGACGAGUGACAGGGCACUGGAUGCAACCACAGUUACUGAUGAUGGAUCUCAUGGCAGGCACAGGGUGGGAAGGGGAUGAGGGAUAGCUAUCCAGGGGAUGUGCUCUCAGUCAAACCCACAUGGCCCAGUGAACAUGCACCUGAGAGUGAAACAGCUGAGUCUUAGGCAGUUCUCCCAGAAAAAUCACAGAGUGAAGGCAAAGUCCCAGAGCAGUUUGGUUAAAAAUGAGCUGCAGCACAACAGAGAAAUGAGACCCCAGGGACUGCACGCCCACAAAUUUAAUUGCACUGCUGGGGCAUCUUACAGAGGAAAUAAUGAAGGAGUUGAUGGGCCUGAUUCUGCUCUGCAGAGCAGCUUUGGGGCAAGGGUGGGAGAAGGAUUGUGCUGCCUCGGCUCUACUGGUGACCACUCAGGGGAUACGGCAGGCAAAAUUGGGCACAACAAUCAUAAGCCCAGGCAAGAUAAAGGGAUAAUUAAUAAAUAAAUGGGUUCACUGGCA